AUGGGGAAGAAGAACAAACAUCUGGGGGCUGUGAAACCGACAGCGGCACAAGACAUUGGAGACCUCUUCCUUCAGCCUGCAAAGGCCUCAAGCCUCAACGUGCCAAAACAACAUGGCGACACGGCCUCGGCCUCCUCCGAGGAACAAGCGAUGGAUGAGCUAGAUGAAUUCCCACACUCAGGGGGACUGCACCACCCCUCAUCCGAUGAGGAUAAUGAGCUGCCCUCUACAAAAGGGGAUAUUAAAGCCCUUCUCUGCCACAUCCGCAACUGUUUGCAGCAGACAUCACCACGCUGCGAGAAGAAAUACACAGCGUGGAAGAACGAAUCAAGUCUGUGGAGGAAGACUCGCAGGGUCUCACUGCACGAUACACGCAGCUGGAAGCCCACAACGCAGAAUUGCAGCGCACCCAGUCUCAGCUUAACAGCCGCCUAG